GCUCGGGGCGGCGGGCAGGGGAAGGGGCGGGCGCAGGCGGCGGCGGGCGCGGAGGAUGCGUGCGGGGCUCCUGGGACUCUCGGCCCUGCUGCAGGCGGCCGAGCAGAGCGCGCGGCUCUGCGCUGCCAUUUACUACCUCGUGACUGGACGGCUCCUGUGGGGCUGGCUGGCCCUGUCCGUCCUCCUGCCCGGCUUCUUGGCCCAGGGCCUGAGCUACCUGUGGCUUCGAGCAGACGGGCACCCCAGGCAUCGCUUGCUGCUGCUGCACCUCCUGCAGCUUGGCAUCUGGAAGCGGCACUGGGACACCGUGCAAGCUGCUCUGUCAGAGGAGGGGCAGACUGCCCGCCAGGGUGCACUGUGGCUGCAGGAGGCUGACCUGGCCGCCCUCCGGCUCCUGGAGGCCCUGCUGCAGACCGGGCCGCACCUGCUGCUGCAAGCAUACGUUUUCCUAGCCUUAGACUUCACAGAUCCUGUGCCAGGGGUGAGUGCCCUGCUUGCCUGGUCCUCGCUGUCCUGGGCCCUGGUGUCCUACACUCAUCUCCUGGGCGCCGUGAAGCUGCACCACUGGGCCAUGCCGUGGACUGCCCUCUUCUGCCAGCAGCUGUGGCGGAUGGGCAUGCUGGGGGCCCGCAUCCUCACGCUGGUUCUGUUCUGCAAAGCGUACGGUGCUUGGGUUUUGGUGGUUGGAGGUGCCCACUGGCUGGGGAUGACGUUCUGGCUGGUGGCCCAGCAGAGUGACAUCAUCGACAGCACCUGCCACUGGAAGCUGUUCAACCUGCUCGUGGGCGCCGUGUACGUCUUCUGCUACCUCAACUUCUGGGACAGUCCUUCCAGGAACAGGAUGGUCACAUUCUACAUGGUGAUGCUGCUGGAAAACACUGCCCUUUUGCUGCUGGCCACGAACUUUCUCCAGGAGGCGUUACAGACCAGCCUGUGGACUGUAGCGGGGGCCCUGUCUGGAUUUGUGACUGGCAGCGUCUCCUUGGUCAUUUAUUACAGCCUGCUGCAUCCAAAGUCCACAGACGUCCGGCAGGGCUUCGUCAGGAAGUGCUGUGGCGUUGCAGCGGAUGAGAAAGCAGAGGGACCAUCUUCACCCCGCACUGCGGCCCUCGCUGGAGAGAGGUCGGGCCCGAGCCGAGAGGAAAGAUACGAGCUCAGAAGUCUGGAGGAGCCCCCCAGCCUGGAGACGGGCCCUCCAGAGGCUGGGCUGGGGGGCCAGAUUUCUGGGGAGGACUCAUUCCUCAGUCACCACCACUGGCUGCUGGUGAAGCUUGCCCUAAAAACAGGAAACAUGUCUAAGAUCAACGCGGCCCUUGGAGAUGACCGUCCUGGCUGCUUUUGUGGCCCUGCAUGGGCAUCGAGUCCAUGCUGCAGCCUGCAGGGGAGGCCCCUGGUCUCCCAGCCAGAGCUCCCAUCUGCCAUCCACAACCCCUCAGCCAUAGAGAAUGUCCGGAAGGCAGAGGCUGGCCCCUGGGAAACCUCCAGUUACAUCUCCUUUGCCAGUGAUCCUCAGGACGUCAUGCCUGGCCAGGGGAGGGAGGACAGCCCAACGGAGGGACCUGGGGCUGUUCCUGGGACACAGAGGAGGGAUGCAGGUGGGCAGCCGGGACAGGAGAGCACCACAGUGUACUUCAGUGCCACCGCAGAGGGGACUGCGUCCUCACCCCAGGAAGGCAGCCCAGAGACUCCACAGACCUCCCAUGCUGGGAGACAGGGGAAGAGCAUCCCCCUGCAGCCGGCCUCACCUCAGCCCACUGCUGGGCCCUUUCCCAUCACCGUGGCCAACAUCAGCCCCAUCCUAGGUGUGGGCCCAUGCGGGAGCUUCCGCCCCAGUGCCACCUCUGCUGGGAGAGCCCCCAGUAGCUCAGAGCAUGGGGAGCAGCAGGAGCCCGCAGGGGACCUAAGUCAUCCUGCUGCUGUUGGCACACUCCAGUCACUGCCGAAGAUGAACCUGAGACCUGCCGACCAGCCCUGCUGCACGUCCACCCCUAAGUCUGAGUCUGUGCAAAGGGACAGUGGCUGCAGGGCCAGGGUAAGGCACGAGACAAGCUUUUUCAUCUGACCACAGUCCAUGGGAUGAGCCGACAGGCCAGCCAGGCAAGCUAGUCAUUGGGCAUGGUGAGACGAGACAUGCCACUGUUGACACCUGCGACUUGGACACACCUCUUCCUCGCUGGCUGUCCCUCUGCACACCUGGAGGUCAUGGGGCUAGGCGACUUCUACCAUUCUCUCUAACUCAGUGUGGCCAGGGGCAAAAGGCCUCCAUUCCCCAUUCUAUGUUUUUGCUUUGGCUUCUAGGAAACUCUACUGUAAAACCCAGGGUCCAUUUUUUAUACUGGAUUCUUACUACAACCAGCUGUUCUUGACACCAAGAGGGCUAUUAGGCUAUUUUUUAAGUGUAUUCUGCCUGCAUUAGUUUAUGAAUCUCAUGGUAAGUGCAAGCCGCUUCUGGAAGCAGUUGAAGACUACGCACAUGACCAACAAAGGAACUGAAGGCACAGUGGUCACUGUGAGGCUUCCCCACUCCCUGCAAAGCCUAUAUGACGUUUUCUUGUUAAACAUGGGCCAGCCCGUGGUUCCUCUGUCAGUUCCCACUACUGCUUAACUGUCCAAUUUCUCUAUCUCCAAACUUGGCUCCCUCAUCUGUUUGAUGUGGAAUAUGGUCCAUGGGGUUUUUGUUUGUUUGUUUUUGAAGUGAUAGAGACAAAAAGAGAUCUUCCAUCUGCUGGUUCACGCACCCCAAAUGGCUGCAACAGCCAUAGCGGGACCAGGCCAAAGCCAGUAGCCUGGAGUUCCAUCUGAGUCUCCCAUGUGGGUGGCAUAGGCCCACAUAACUGGGGCAUCUGCUGCUGCUUUCCCAGGUGCAUUAGCAGGAAGCUGGAUAGGAAGCAGUGCAGCUGGGUCUCAAACCUGUGGUCCGGCCGGCGCUGUGGCUCAACAGGCUAAUCCUCUACCUUGCGGCGCUGGCACACCGGGUUCUAGUCCCGGUCGGGGUGCCGGAUUCUGUCCCAGUUGCCCCUCUUCCAGGCCAGCUCUCUGCUGUGGCCAGGGAAUGCAGUGGAGGAUGGUCCAAGUCCUUGGGCCCUGCACCCCAUGGGAACCAGGAGAAGCACCUGGCGCCUGCCAUUGGAUCAGCGCGGUGCGCCGGCCGCAGCGGCCAUUGGAGGGUGAACCAACGGCAAAGGAAGACCUUUGUCUCUCUCUCUCACUGUCCACUCUGCUGGCAGUGCAGGCAGCAACUUAUCUCACUGCACCAGAACACUACCCCCAUCCAUGGUUUAGGACCAGGCAACAAGAAGGGAGGCCAGCGUGCCUUUCCCCGAGCUCGGUUUCUCUCCGGCUCUCCCCCUCAUGGUGCUCUUCGAGGACAGGUUUCCCACGGGUCAGGAAGGCUUCCUUCACAGCUGGCCAAGGAAGUGCAGUCACAAACCUUCAAGCCGAAAGGCACACACUGGGGCUGGGGGCUGGAGGCCAUUUGGGGUGGGUGGGUUUUAUGUUCUCCAAACACCUCUGGGUUUGGGGAUGGUUUUGGAGCCCUGCACGAGAGGCACUGGACCGCUUGGCUCUGCUGCAUCCACGCUGAGAGCCGAGAUUUUCUGCAUAAGCUCAGACCGCCAGCAUCCUCCUGCCAGCCACACAGCCGAUCAGAGACAGCAGAUGGGUCCUUGGCGCUCUUGAUACAACAGGUAGAUGCAGCAUAAAGCUGGCUUGUGCACAGAACCGUCCCUGUCUGUCACAGCAUCACAAUCCCCCUCCAUCCUGCCUCACCUGACCUGGUUGAAAAUCCACGGGCCUCUGCCUUGACUAAACUGACCCCUGCUCCACAUGUGUCCCCCCCAGAGUGCACUCAAGCUCCACCUCUGGGGAGCCUGCCCUGCCUUCCUGCCCUCUCCCUCUGCCCCAGGCUGCCCUCUGGAUAUCUCCUCCCAAACCCAGAGCCCCUCCUGGAGGGGAAUUAAAGGUUGUCUUACCUUUGA